UAGGAGCUGGUCUCCACGACCGACUGGGAUUUGCUAUUGGUUUGGAUAGACCCUGCAGGCCAGGGGUGCAGUGGCCACCGUGUGGGAUUCUACUGAGCUUUUAUCAUCUCUUAUCUACUCAACCGCUGCUGGCAGCAAAAGUCUCACCAAGGCAAAAAACGAAAGAAACGUAACCAGAGGAACCGGAUUCACUCUGAAAACUCAAAGAUCGUCCCACUGACCAACUGUGUGGCCAUGUACCAAGCAGCUGUCUCCAAGCGGGCAGACAACUCCAGCGGGGUCAUGGAGGAAUCAGAGGUCUGUUCCCUGCCUGGGGGAAUAGCCAGUGUGAGGAGACAAUUUGAAACUCAAGAAAUUGCAUCAUCACACAGUGUUACCCAGUUUCAUUUUCAGCACAGAACAGUUCAGGAAAUGUCUAACUCUGAAGUGACGGUGUCAGGCAGCAGGCAGGUCCUCCCAGGCAGUCAGCUAAAUCACAACCACGAAACUAUGGUCUCUUACAGCGGCAGUGCCUUGGCCUCCAAUUAUGAAAAUCACGAAAAUGAGACAGAUGAGGAGUUUCCAAGAUACACAACUAAAGAGCUGAGAGAUCACUUUGAGAAAACAAUAGAGGAGGCCGCGCCUCACAAACCAGUAAAGAUUACCCGUGACAUCAAUCGUUCUAAGUGGGCUUCAAACAUGACACAAAACAGCACAAUGUCCAGUGGAGUGUAUGAAUCUACGACUGCGGCUGCUGCGCUGGAGAACACUGGAGUGGCAGCGGUGAUGGAUUAUGAUGAUUUCCCGCCCCCACCAGCUGAUGACUCUGACUACCUUCCACCCCCACCUCCGGACUUAUUGCAAAUGCCACCAGAGAAUCAUGAUAUGCCAGUAUGUCAUUAUGCUCCAGAGGCCGAAGAACCAGCACAACCCUCCAAGUGCCCCCUCAGCAGAGAGGCGUACUUCAAACAGAGGAGCAAGACUGAGCUCAAACGCCUGUACAAGCACAUUCAUCCCGAGGUUAGGAAAAACAUUGAGAAGGAGCUCUUUACUGACUACAGUGAAAGUGAAACUGUUCAGGUACAGAACCAAGAGUUCUCCUAUGAAGACGAUCUUGAGGAAAUUAACCAAGAUGAAGAGGGUGAAUGGGAAGAGAUUCUGCCAGGGGAUGUACAGUCAAUGCGCUGGAUGUUUGAAAAUAAACCUCUGGACACCAUCAAGGAUGAAUCUCCAGAUGAGGAUGAGGACAACAGAAAGAUAAGUCAGCAGGAAGUCAUUCUCGGAAAAGAUGUCAGACGCACUGCUUGGAUGUUUGAGAAAAAGCCCACGGAUAAAUCUGAAUAUAAAAAUAAAGUCAAUAAAUUGGAGAAAGGAGAUGUGCGAGCAGCAGCAUGGCUAUUUGAAACAGAGACCAUGGACAGCCUAAACAAGAGGCGAAAGGAAGAGGAUUUAACAAAAGAAAUUGUAUUCACAGAGGAGGACGGAGAUUCCACCAUUAACAUGAUUGAUAACAAGUACAUGCAUACCUUAGGGCACACUGAGACAAUUGAUGAGAGCCACUUGCUCAUAUUAAGGUCAGUACUGGAAGAAAUCAACGGAGACAUGAAAACCAUCACGAGCACGUUUGACACUCAGUUCAAGUGUGUCAUCAUGGGACAAGCCAGUGAGAUUUUAGAAGUCAAAUCUGUCCGCAAAAUUGAGACAGAAAUGGAAAACUCUAUUGCCUCACGUUGGCUUUUUGACACCCAGCCACUGGACCUGACCAAAACAGAAUGCUCUACUUUCAAGCUCGUGUGCAGUCUCUCAAUGGAGGAUAGCAAUAAGGGCGACUGGGGAAGGUGGCUAUUUGAAAUAAAAACGCUCAGCUCUCUCACUGACUGGGAAAGUUCAAAAGUAGAGAAGAAAGAAAUAAUUGGAGCGGAUGUGCGGAAGCAUUGCAUGGUUUUUGAAACACAGCCAAUGGAUACUUUGAAGGAUGACUCCAAUGCUAAGCCCCAGACAAUUGAAGAUAUUAUUGGUGGUAAUGUCAAAUCUGCAAGAAACUUUUUCGAAAGCAGUCCACAAGUAGCCAGAAAAAAUUGUCCAGAGGUGGGAAAACUGAAAAAGCGAACACUGAAUGAGGAAGAAAAGGGGGAUGUCAGACACCAAAAGUGGCGAUUUGAGAGUCAGCCAUUAGAGCACAUAGGAGAGGCCAAGAAAGAGGUCAUUCGCACUGUAAAUAUUGAGGAUGACCUGACACAGGAAGAUGGAACGAGCUUCAGGGCCGAUGUACGCAAAAACUGUUGGGUUUUUGAGACGCAGCCAAUGGAUCGUUUAAAGGAUGAUUCAAAUAGUCGCCCCUUAACAAAAGAGGAAAUUAUUGCAGGUAAUGUGAAAUCGGCAAGACAUUAUUUUGAAACUGGUCCAGCAGAGGAGAUGAAAGAACUUGCUGAGGUCGGAAAACUGAAAAAAUCUGUGCCUCUUGAGGAAGAAAAAGGUGAUGUGCGCCAUCAGAAAUGGAGGUUUGAAAGCCAACCGCUGGAACAAAUCAGAGAGGAAAAGAAGGAGGUCAUUCGUACAAUUGACAUGGAGGAAAUUGAUAAAGUUGAUGUUUCAAACUACAAAAACAUUUUUGAAAGCACUGAAAUAAACCAAAGAAUUGAUGAAUCACAGAGGAUAUUAAUUGAAGGGGUAAAAUCUGGAUCAGUGAAAUCAAAUAAAACGUUAUUUGAGUCAACUCCUCUUUAUGCCAUGCAAGACAGCUCAGGACACUUUCACGAGGUAAAAACAGUGCGACGAGAAGAAGUUGUUAAAGGAGAUGUAACAACUUGCAAAUGGAUGUUUGAAACCCGCCCAAUAGAUCAGUUUGAUGAAAAUAUCAGUACAUACCAAAUUAUCAAGGGCAUUUCCAAACAAGAAAUUGAGUCCGGCGAUGUUAAAACUGCUAAAUGGCUAUUUGAAACACAGCCACUGGAUGCAAUCAAAUACUUCAGUAAUAUCGAGGAUGAAGAGACAGUUGUAUCCACACAAAAUACUGAUGUCAUGAAAGGGGAUGUGAAGACAUGCAAGUGGUUGUUUGAGACAAAGCCCAUGGAUAUCCUGUAUGAGAGAGCAGACCAAAAAGAUGAAAGUGAAACUGUGCCAAGAGGAGAUGUAAAAACAUGCACAUGGCUUUUUGAGACUCAAGCACUUGAUACUAUACAUGACGAGACAGAGACAAUUAUGAAAACACGCACUGUGGACCAGGAGGAAAUUACAGGGAAAGAUGUUAGAACAGCCUGUUUUCUGUUUGAGACAGAGAAUCUUGAAAACCUAACAGGUGAGGAGGCUGACUCCUUUAAACGUAUCACGGAGAUUGACAUUUCAUCAGGGGAUGUGUCCAGGAUGAAAUACAUAUUUGAAAACCAAACAUCUGAGAUAAUGACCUCUACCUCGGAAGAAGCCAGACAAAAGCUGAAGAGGGUUCAGACAGAGGACAUCCAAAAAGGAAAUGUGGUGAAUUGCAGGUGGCUUUUCGAAAACCAAUCAAUAGAUAUGAUACAUGACAAUGAAGAGGAGCACAUUAGUAAUCGCACAGUUUAUGAUAUACAAGGAGGCAACGUUAAUCAGGGUCGCUUUAUUUUUGAAACUUGCUCCUUAGAUAAAAUUCAUGAAGUUUCAGAUGAGACUGAAGAAAUUAAAAAGAAAAGAAUUGUCUGUGAUGAAGAAGAAAAGGGUGAUGUGAGAAACUAUACCAUGAUGUUUGAAACUCAGCCUCUUUAUGCCAUCAAGGACAAAGAAGGUCAUUACCAUGAGGUUACCACAGUUACAAGUGAAGAAGUUAAAAGUGGAGAUGUGGUUGGAACCAGGUGGUUAUUUGAAACAAAACCCUUAGAUGCCAUAAAAGAUACAGAUGAAGUGUAUAUAAUAAAGUCUGUCACACAACAAGAUGUUCAGAAAGGAGAUGUCACAUCUGCCAAGUGGAAAUUUGAAACACAGCCUCUUGAUAGAAUCAGUGAAGAAAGGAAAGCUUUACUAAGAACUGUGGAGGAUAUUCAAGGUGGAAAUGUAAGAAUGAAUAAACAUCGGUUCGAGUCUGACAACUCAUCAGAGGCAUCUGUCAAAACAGUUAAUGUCAGUGAAAUACAGAAAGGUGAUGUGAGAACAGCAAAAUGGAGAUUUGAAACCCAAUCCAUUGAUAGAAUAAAAAGUAUGAGUGAGGAAAAUCUCAUUGAAACUGUAAAAAAGGAGGAUGUCGCCAAGGGAGAUGUUAAGCAAUCUGUGUGGCUCUUUGAGAAAAACCCUCUUGAUCAUAUUAAAGAAGUUGAUGAAACUACUGAAACCACCAUUAUUCAUGAAGAAAUCCCCAAAGCUGAUGUAAGAACUACAACAUGGCUCUUUGAAACUACACCAUUUGAUGACUUUAAUGAGUCAAAAGUGGAGAAGACUGAAAUAAUGGGCAAAAGCAUUAAAGGAACUCUUGCUGAACUUUAUAGUCAAAAAAUGGUUAGAUCCAAAGGAAUACUGAUUGAAGCAGACGAAAUAGGUGAUGUUAGGAUGGCUAAGUACCAGCUCAUGAAUCAACAGGCUCCUGAAAUUCAACGUGAAGACAUCAUCAGGGGAGAUUUGCAAACAAUCAUGAUGAACCUGUUGAAUCGACAACAAACAAGUGAGCGGCAAGUGGUGAUAGACUCACAGGAGAUGGGGAAUAUUAGUUCAACUGUGCAACAAUUAUUCAGUCAAGAGAAGCAGACUAAUGUAGAAAAAGAGGAAAUCCUACGCGGUGACAUUCAAGAAGCAAUAAACAACCUUUUCCAAGAGGGUGGGUCAGCAAAGCACGGAAUACUAAUCCAGGAAGAUGAAAAGGGAGAUGUACAAAUGACAUUAUACUCCCUAUUGAAUAAACAGGACUCUGCCUCUGUUGAGAAAGAGGAUAUUGUUAGAGGGGAUAUAAGAAGUGCUCUCCAAAGACUGACCAACCCAGACGGCCUAGAUGAGUCUGUCAAGAUAAAGGUAGACGACAUUGAGAAGGGAAAUGUCAACUUUUACUCCACAUGCAUUGAGUCUGGGGCUCUUGACUACCUUAAACAGCUGCAUUCAAGCCCUGAAGAGAAUUCCUCUGACAAAGCGGAGAAAGAGCAGAUUAUUGGAGGCGAUAUAAAGGGAACAAAGCGUAUCCUCAAUCAAAGCCAUGUGAAUAUUGAACGGACCGUGGAGGAUGUUAUUCCUGGAGAUGUUCACAACACAGUAAAAGUUUUCAUGUCAGAACCAAGCUUCUCAUUAGAAAAACUACAAAAAGAAGAAAUAGUUAAAGGUGAUUUAAGAGCUGCUUUGAAUUCAUUGUCAGUGUCAGCAAAUCAAACUGCUGUUGUGGAGAAAGAGGAAGUAGUGAAAGGCAACAUACCUAAAGCUCUGCGCUGUCUCGAAAAGGCUCAGAAGCAGAAAAAAGAAGUGGAGAAGCCAGACAUUGUUCCAGGUAACAUUAGAGGAGCUCUAAGAUCCCUGGAGAGGUCCACAACCAGCAAAGUUGAACCUGCUGUUGAUGAUUUGGUUCCUGGUGAUGUCAAGGCCACUCUAAAGUCUCUCGAGCGGGCAAAACAAGUGGUAAAGGAAGUUGAGAAGGAGGAAAUAGUAAGAGGUGACAUUCACAUGGCUAUGCAAAGUCUACAAGAUGCGUCUUCCGAAAAGAGGGUUUGCCAACAAGAAAUUGACGUGCAGGGAGAUGUGAGGGGAACAAUUCAACUUUUUAUGGAGGCCCCAAGUUCUCCAAGAACACAGAGGAGGGCAAGCAUUGAGGAAGAACUGAAGGGAGAUGUUAAAAUGUCUAUUAAGUCACUAUAUGAGUCACAGGAGGAGCAGAACCAGAUGGAAAAGGAAGAGGUAUUAAAAGGUGACGUCAAAGGCACAAUAAAGUCAUUGAUGGAAAAUGCCCAGCGCGAAACUCCUAAAGUGCAAUACAGAAGAGCACGAGUAAAGCAGGGCCCUCCUGUUAAAAAUCUCAACACUGACGCACAGAGAAAUGUGCAAAAGAUCAAAACUGCUAACACAAGUCAAACAACAAAAUCAAUGUCGGUUGAACAUAAAACUAUACAGCAAAAUCACGGCAUUAAAACAGUCAAGACAGAGUUCCGAAAUUUGAAUUCUACCUCCAAGGGUAUGAUCAAAUUGGAUAAAACCAGGGUAAAAACUGACGUGUACAUCUUGCAAUCAAAAACACCCGAGCCUGAUCUGCCCCUUCCCCCACCACCCCCACCUGUGGCUGAUGCUGACAUCCUUCCACCUCCACCUCCUCCUCCACCGGCUGUCGAGUCUGACGUUGAUCACCUGCCUCCUCCUCCACCCCCACUUCCCUGCGAACAAGACUUCCUCCCACCUCCUCCGUCUCAACAGGAACUGGAGAGCAUGCCAGCACCACCUUCCCCAGGAAAAGCCAAGAAGAUGACAGUGAAAAAGGUUAAAGGCCCUACUGUCCACCCCGUUCCAAAACUUGAACCUAAAGUUGAAGUUAACAAAACACAACAGGUGACAGUGACUUCAGGAAAAGCUGUUGAGACAAGCCAAACAACAACAACAACAACAACAAAAACAAUUCGCACUGAAAUCCCUCCACUGUCAGAAUCUCCACAGCCAUUAAAGAAAGUUAUUAUUCCUGUUAAAUUCACACCACCGCCGUCCCCUCCACCUUUCAUGAGAGGUAAGAUGAGUAAAUUUAGCACACCGCUAAUUCAAGCUGAAGAGAAAUUUCGCCGACUACGUGAGGAAAGUACACCUCCAACAACGCCAACUCCUCCUCUAUGCUACACUCCCGAUUUAAUAACAGCUGCUACUGAGUCAAUUUGUACAACUGAUGCAGAGGUGGUUAGGAAAAAUGCAUCAAAUAUUACAAAGGAGAGCAAUGAAAGAUCUCAAGAAUCAAAGCAGGUAGUCAUUGCAGAUACAAAAAGCACUGCUGGUAAUGAGAAAAAUGUAACAAAUAUAAUUAUGUCUUCUGCAAAACAACAAAGUGUAUCUAACGAGAGUUCGAAAGUUGUGUCUGUUCAGAAGACCUCAUCUGUUUCUGUUGUUAAGCAACAGACACACACCACAUCAACACAGAAAGCAGUUUCUAUUUCUUCAACUCAGGCUGUCAGAGCUGAUACCAAACAGAAGCAAAUUACAGAAGGGAAGAUGGAUACUAGCCAAAAAACAAAGGUCACAUCUCAGAAAGAAUCGGUUAAAACUGAGAGUAUUGCCACCAUGCAGAAUGUUAAUUCUUAUCAGUCACAAACUGCUGUUAAACAGAUAGCUGGUAAAACAGAGCCUGAAAUAACAGACACACCUCAGAGUAAGAACACUAAAAAAGAUAUUUCAGAUAAAACUCAAAAAGGAAUCUCCUCCCCUCAACUUGACAAGAAGAAGAAGAAUGAUAAAUCUCCAACUAAAAACCAAGAGAAGGAUCAACCACCACAAACAGAUAAUACAAAUGGUAAAUCAGGCAAAAGUCAACAAAAGGUCAAAAAGCCCAUCAAGCAAGAAAAACAAAUGGAUACAAAAGAGAAUAACAAACAGAAUGUCUCUCAUGAUGAGAGCAGCAUGGCAGUGAAAAAGGUUGAGGUAAAAGUCGCCAGUGAAUCUCAACAAAAGUUGGAGGAGAAUAAAGUUAAUACGGCCCCGGUUGCAGCCUCUAGCAAUACUGCCUCUGUAACCUCUCCUUCGGAAACUCCAACUCCAACAAGGAAGAAAAAGAAGUCCAAAAAGUCCAGAGGUGCAGUGCCCACAGUUCAAUCCAAAGAAGUUUGUAUUGAAUCAAAAGUAGAAGCUGCAGAAAACAAAAAAUCUACACAAUUUCAGGAAAGUAUAAGCAUUUCUCAGGUUCACACAAGUGUACAAGAACAGAAGAUUGAAGUAAAAGAAAAUGUAUCAACCAUGGUAAAGAAAGAAAUUAAAAAAUCACAAGAGCAAAAAUUAAUCCAAAGUCAGGUUAAAGAGCCUGAGAAGAAACAAGAAAUGCCAGCUUUGGAAUGGAGCACAAAGGAAUCUCCAGAAGUGAGUAGUGUUGUCCCGAUUAUUAUCACAGACACGGCUGAACAAAAUGAAGUGCUGAAGUCUGCAUCGGGAGUGGUGAAAUCACAGCAGGAGCAGGUUCAAAUGUUAAUGUCUCAUAUCACAGAACUGCAGAAUGAAAAGUGGAACAUCAAAUCUGUGAAAACUUUCCUCGCUACAGUCCCUGAUUGGCUCAUCAGCGCCGACAGAAAAUCAGAGCUGGAGCAAACUGUGAAUAAAGGUGAUGGUACAGAUUUACUUUCUCAUGUCAAAAUAAUCGUGGAGAGUUAUCUUAUGAAACUGGAUGAUAAUGAGGCAAUGGAAAAGCAUGAAUGUGAGCUGGUCUCUGAAAAGCUUGCCUCAAGUGGAGGAUCACAGAGAAUAUCUAAAAUUAGUAUAGGCUCCUCUAAAGUUGAAUCUCAAAUAACCAGGACUGAGAAAAGAAAAGAGGAAGUCAGUCAAAGUAAAUCUGUGGACCUGAGAGCACCCUCGCCAUCACUGAGGAUGCGGCCUCCAUCACCGACAUUUAUCACCAUAGAAUCAACACGAAGAACUGCGUCUCCACAGAGAGUCACUCCCUCUCCUACUCCAAUGCACAGGCCACUCACACCUCCAACACCGCCACCACGCAGGUCUGACACUCCAUCCCGCCUGACAAGAAUCACACCUUCUCCUACCUUUGAUAGAGCGGAAAAUCUCGCCAGACUAAAAGACACAACAGCCAAGCUCUCACGUGGUGUAACUCCGCCACCAAUAUUAACAUCCCAGAUAACAGAAAAGAAAUCUGAGAUAGUAGAAUCCCCUGCAUCUUUUCAUCGGCAAAUCAAAAUUGAGAGUCAGGCAAUGGAAACAAAAUCUUUUACAACUGAGGAAAAGGAUUUAACAAAACAAAUAGAGGAAAUGCUUUUGAGUGAUAUCCGUGGUGCAGCUGACUCUCACCUUCCUGACCCAGAAGAUGAGGAGAUCUCUGAGCUGACCUUUGCAUCUGUUAGAGAAAAGAUGGAGUUUUUUGAAGAGGCUCAAAAGGCAGAAAUGAAUAAAACCUAUGUCCGUAAAGAGCCAAUUUCUAUUCCUGAGCGUUUAGGGCCUGACAUGGAGGAGGAGUGUGUGGACGAGGUGAAAGAAAAAGAACAAAUUGAGCUUCCCCAGGCGGACCUUUCAAGUCUUGUAAACAAAUUUGAAUCCCAGGAUGAGAAAACAUAUGUAGAUAAAAAAGAGCCUAUUCCUCUUGCUGAGCGGCUUCACAAUGAUGCUGAUAACACUGACAAAAACAAGGCAGAACAGGAAAUGCCAAAUUUUGACAUUCAGGCUAUUAAAAAUGUUUUUGAACUGGGUGAGCAAAGUUUCUUAUUCAAAGAUGAGAAAAGGGAUCAGGAGGAGUCUGUGUCAAGGCUGACGGAAACAGCAGACACUUCAAAGUGGGAAAGUCUUCAGGAGAAAAAGCCAGCCUCCCUACACAGCAGCCCCCUACCUCUUCGGAAAAAUCAAGUGGAAACUGUCACAGCUGAGCCAUCAGGAUUUACGGAAACCAAAACAUUUACAGAAAAUUUCUCAAAUGUCGAUGAAUUUGGCAACAAGGUCACUGGAACAAUGACAGCUGUGACCCAGCACUCCCAGAGCUCCCAGCAGGUGCCUUUCUCCUAUGCUGACGCAGUUAAACGAAAGACAGCAAAGCGGACAGAAACCUAUGAUGAAGAGGCCACUGAGAAACUGCUGAGAAAUUUCCACAAAACAUGGACGGAGAGUGAGACAGUUUUCAAGAGCCUUGGCUACACCGUUUCUUCUGAGAGCUCACAAGUUCUGUCGGAACAUACUGACUCGAGUUCCGAAGUCAGAGCUUUGCACGGUUUGCCGGAGGAGAGCUUAUCCGAUGGACGCCCUGAUAGUAGACAAAAAAAAGUACCAUAAAUCCUGUUUCCGCUGCGAGCACUGUAGGAAUAGACUGAGUGUGGGAAAUUAUGUAUCACUCCACGGACACUUCUACUGUUUACAUCAUUACAAGCAACUUCUGAAAUCCAAAGGGAAUUACGACAAUGGACUUGUACAGCAAUCUUCUGGUGGACCUAUCCCCUCGGAUGAAUGGAGAUAUUCAACAAGCAGCCUAAGUUCAGUAGACAAAUACAAAACACGCAGUUAUGAAAAUCUAGAUCAAAACAAGCCACAGGGUAGUAAAAUAUCUGUUGUCUGGCCCCCUCAGGCAGAGCACCCAAAGAAAUCUUUUAAAAUAGAGGAUGAUAUUCAGUUAACUAAACCACAGUGGCCCCCACCAGACAAUGCCCCAGAGUCACCCACACUGCAACACAGAAAAGCUGUUCCUAGAAGUGUCCUGUGAAGUUUUUUAUAGUCAGAUAAACCCAAUGGCAAAACAAAAGAUGCAAAUAUGAAGUGUAAAGUACGGUGAUUCGAUGAUGGUUUAUGGUCAAGUGAGUUGAAAGGCAACACAGAUGGGAAAGUUGUGAAGAUAUGGAAGGAACUUUGUAUAUACUUGUAAAUGGUGUGGGAGUGAGAAGCAGGUUGAAUAGUAAGUAGUACAAAAUGGACGCAUGAAAAGUUGUAAAAAAGUUGGCUGUAAAAAAACAAUCUAUCCACAAAUACCAGUCCUAGUUGUAUAUGAUUUGUUCUUCAGUCAUAACUCAUUUAUAAUACGCUUCCUAUUCCUGCUCAAAGCAAAUGAAGCUGCAGUUCACAGUAGGUGGAAUAAGAUUUACUUGAAGAGUUUUUAGAAUUCACAAUCCUAUUAUUCCCCAUUUCUGCAUUUGUUCACCUUUAUACAAAUAAAACCAUAGUUAUUUCAUUUUAUAGAAAUAAGGCCAGUCUGGGGACUGUGCAGUUGUAUUAUUUUGUCAGGGCUUAAUCUUUUAUUUUCUUUUUUAGCACCUGGUGUGCAGGCUUCUAAAAGGAUCUUGGGAAUUAUAUUAUAUAUAAUAUUGAAAGUAUAUAGUUUAAGUGAUAAAUUGGUAAUUUUGUUUGUUUUGGACAUUUGUUUCCUAUAUUGAACAACAACUUUUUAAAUGAAAAAAUGUAUUUUUUAGACUAGACCGUUUGUACAAGAAAGUUCCUGAUUCUGUGAUACUGUCAGGCUGGUUCACAUAUUGCUGA